AAUUUUCAAACUCAUGUUUUCUUCAUCCUCGUUUUGUCUUGAAAAUUUGGGAGUAAUUUGUAAUAGGUUGUGGUUUGGGAACUGGUGCUUCAAAAUUAAUUUAUGGUUGGGAAGUAAGAGGUUUGUGCAGAUGUGAUGCCGUUCACAGCCAUGGUGACUAUGGAGUGCACAAAUGUAGGCCUAAACACAUUAUACAAAGCAACCACUCUUGGAGGGAUGAGCCCCCAUGUCUCUGUGGUUGACGCUUACGGUGUUGUUGCUGCUCUUGUUCUCCUUGCUUCACCAUUCUUCUCUCAAAGAAUUCUGCUGAAAUUUGAUGUUGCUGGAUUUGGUUGGAUGAGCUAGUUUUUGGUGUCGUACAUUUUCUAGUAGAGGACACAACGCAUAAGGUUGAAGAUGGUAAGUGUGUUGAUAUUGAUAUUUCCCUCAAAUGUCAUUUUUGGUCCUUGAAUUAAU